AUGCCUCCAAAAAAAUUCCAAACUUUGGAUCAGUUCUUGGAUCAACAGCCAGUUGAUCCAAAUUUAGUGGCUUCUCCAUAUGGUGGUUAUUUCAAAAAUCAAAAUGUUAAUCCAAAUCAACAACAUCGUCAAAAAAAUUCAAAUUAUAAAAAAAAUUGGAAUCAAGGUAGUAAUUACCAACAAUAUAAUUCAAAUGUAACUGGUUCAUACCAAAAUUAUCAGGGAAACUACCAAGGUAAUUAUCAAGGAAAUUACCAGGGUAACUAUCAAGGCAAUUAUCAAAGCAAUAAAGCUUCAACUUAUAAGCCUGCUGCAGUUACUCCAACUCAUAGUGGUUUGAAUACUCCAGUAAGUUCUACUACUUCUCUAACUUCUUUAAAUGAUAAUUUAUUAAAAUUAGAUAUCUCCCCAGUUUCUAAUUAUUUUAAGUCUCUAUCUACUGAAUGUAGUUCUAUUUCUGAUUGUAAAAAACAAAUUGAUUUAAUUGUUGAUCAAUUUAAUGAAUCUGGAAAUUCUGCUAAAGAUAUUGAAAAUUGGAAAAUUGUUGAUACUUUAACUAAAUUUUUAAAACAAAAAAAUCCUCCUUUGAUGAGAGAAUCAGCUAUGUUAUUAAUCUCUAAAUUAGCAAUUAAUUUUAUGAAUAAGCCUCCACAAGAAGCCUAUUUAUUACCUCUUUUCAAUUUAGCUUUAGAUUCUACUUCUGAAAAGGAAAAUACUGUAAAGCGUGCAGCCACUCAUGCUUUGGAUUCUUUAAUCAAUUCCUUUACAGUGGAAUCUUUAGCUAGUAACGUUUUACCAAUCUUAUUAAAAUAUUUAAAUUCUGGUGCCAAAUGGCAAUCUAAAAUGUCAGCUUUGACUUUAAUUGAUAGAAUUAGAGAAGAUUGUCCAAAUGAUUUAUUAGAAUUAACUUUUAUUGAUACUGUUCCAAUUUUAACAGAUGUUGCUACUGAUUUUAAACCUGAAUUAGCUAAACAAGGUUAUCAAACUUUAUUAGAUUAUGUGUCAAUCUUGGAUAAUUUAGAUUUAUCAUCUCGUUAUAAAUUAAUUGUUGAUACUUUACAAGAUCCAACGAAGGUUCCAACCUGUGUCAAACAAUUAUCAAGUGUUACAUUUGUUGCUGAAGUUACUGAACCUGCUUUAGCUCUAUUAGUUCCAAUCUUAUCAAGAUCAUUGAACUUAUCUUCAUCAUCUCAAGAACAAUUAAGACAAACAGUUAUUGUUAUUGAAAAUUUAACUAGAUUGGUUAAUAAUAGAAUCGAAAUUGAAAGCUAUGUUCCUCAAUUAUUACCAGGUAUUCAAAAAGUUGUCAACACUGCUUCUUUACCAGAGGUUCGUGAAUUGGCUGAUAAAGCUUUAAGAGUCCUAAGAGGUGAUGAAAAUGAUGAAUCUACAACUAACAAUAAGGAUAAAUUCCCAGGUAGAUUAACAAAGGAACAAGGUCAAUCUUUUGUUGUAGAACAACUUAAUAAAUUAUCAAAGGAUAUUGAUACUCCAUUAAAACCAUACCUUGAUGAUUCAAAUGUCAUUGAAUUUAUUUCUAAGCUAUUAACAAUGUUAGCAAACGUCAAUGAUUGGAAAAAGAUUGAAGAAUACUUUAGUAACUUAUUAGGUAAAGACCAAUCUGAAUUUAUUGAAACCAAUAUCAUUACUGAAUUAAGAAAGAUUUUCCAUCAAGAAAAGGUCAAAUAUGAUGAAAAUGAAGGUGUAGAAAUUGUUAAUACUGAUUUCUCUUUAGCAUAUGGUUCAAGAAUGUUAUUAAAUAAGACUACUUUACGUUUAUUAAAGGGUCAUCGUUAUGGUUUGUGUGGUAGAAACGGUGCUGGUAAAUCUACCUUGAUGAGAGCUAUUGCUAAUGGUCAAUUAGAAGGAUUCCCAGAUAAAUCUGAACUAAGAACUUGUUUUGUUGAACAUAAAUUACAAGGUGAAGAAGGUAAUUUAGAUCUAGUAGCAUUUAUUGCUUUAGAUGAACAAUUACAAGAUACUUCUCGUGACGAAAUAGCAGCUGCUUUGGAAUCUGUUGGUUUUGAUGAAUCUAGAAGAUCUCAAACUGUUGGUUCUUUAUCAGGUGGUUGGAAGAUGAAAUUGGAAUUAGCAAGAGCCAUGUUACAAAAAGCUGAUAUCUUGUUAUUAGAUGAACCUACCAAUCAUUUAGAUGUUACCAAUGUUAAAUGGUUACAAGAUUAUUUAUUGGAAAAUACCGAAAUUACUUCUUUAAUUGUAUCGCAUGACUCAGGUUUCUUAGAUACUGUUUGUACUGAUAUUAUUCAUUAUGAAAAUAAAAAGUUAGCAUAUUAUAAAGGUAAUUUAGCAGAUUUCGUUCAACAAAAGCCAGAAGCUAAAGCUUAUUAUACUUUAACUGACUCUAAUGCUCAAAUGCAUUUCCCACCUCCAGGUAUCUUGACGGGUGUUAAAUCAAAUACAAGAGCUGUGGCUAAGAUGACCGAUGUCACCUUUGCAUACCCAGGUUCGGAAAAACCAUCAUUGAGCCAUGUUUCCUGUGCCUUAUCUUUGUCUUCAAGAGUGGCUAUUUUAGGUCCAAACGGUGCUGGUAAAUCCACUUUAAUUAAAUUAUUAACUGGUGAAUUAGUUCCUUUGGAAGGUAAAGUUGAAAAACAUCCAAAUUUACGUAUCGGUUAUAUUGCUCAACAUGCUUUACAACAUGUUAAUGAACAUAAAGAAAAGACUGCUAAUCAAUAUUUACAAUGGCGUUAUCAAUUCGGUGAUGAUCGUGAAGUUUUAUUGAAAGAAUCAAGAAAGAUUUCAGAUGAAGAAAAGGAAAUGAUGCAAAAGGAAAUCGAUAUUGAUGAUGGUAGAGGUAAGAGAGCCAUUGAAGCUAUUGUCGGUAGACAAAAAUUAAAGAAAUCUUUCCAAUAUGAAAUUAAAUGGAAAUGGUGGAAGCCAAAAUAUAAUUCUUGGGUUUCAAGAGCAAGAUUGGUUGAAGAAGGUUUUGAAAAAUUAGUUCAAAAAUUUGAUGAUCAUGAAGCUUCUAGGGAAGGUUUAGGUUACCGUGAGUUAGUUCCAUCCGUUAUUACAAAACAUUUUGAAGAUGUUGGUUUAGACGCCGAAAUUGCAAACCAUACUCCAUUAGGUUCUUUGUCUGGUGGUCAAUUAGUUAAAGUUGUUAUUGCAGGUGCCAUGUGGAACAAUCCUCAUUUAUUGGUGCUAGAUGAACCUACCAAUUAUUUAGAUAGAGAUUCUUUAGGUGCAUUAGCUAUGGCUAUCCGUGAAUGGACUGGUGGUGUGGUUAUGAUUUCACAUAACAAUGAAUUUGUUGGUGCCUUAUGCCCAGAACAAUGGAUCGUGGAAAACGGUAAGAUGGUUCAAAAGGGUGUAAAGGAAAUUGAUCAAUCCAGAUUCGAAGAUGGUGGUAAUUCAGAAGCUGUCGGUGUUAAAAAUAUCAAAGCUGGUGUUUCAUCUGUUGUUGACGAUGAUUCCCCAGCUAAUAUUAAAGUCAAACAAAGAAAGAAGAGAUUGACAAGAAAUGAAAAGAAAGCCCAAGCAGAACGUCGUCGUCUACGUUAUAUUGAAUGGUUAUCUUCUCCAAAAGGUACUCCAAAACCAGUUGACACUGAUGAUGAAGGUGAUGACGAUGAGUAA